AUGACAGGCAUUCGAAGAAACCCUGGUCAUACACCAUCCUAUCCUCAGGUGAUGAUUCAUCCUCAGACUGUGCAUAUCUCAGAUUUGAAUCACCAGGUGUGGAUCGUUCAGGGUCAGACCCUUGUGGCAAUUCCACAGAGUGAAAAUGUAGUUCCAGCCACUGUCACUCUUGUCCCAUGCAAGUAUCCAGAGCCUUUAGAGCAAGGCAAAGGGACUCCAAUUUAUUUGGGAAUAAGGAAUCCAGAAAUGUGUCUGUCUUGUGAGGAUGUUGGAGGUCAGCCCACAUUGCAGCUGAAGACAGAGAAUAUACUGCGUCUGUACAACGAACCUGAGCCUGUGAAGCCCUUCCUCUUCUACCAUGACAAGAAAGGAAGAACUUCCACCUUCGAGUCUGUGGCCUUCCCUGGCUGGUUCAUUGCCUCCUCAAAAAUAGCCCAACCCAUCAUCCUCACUUCAAAACUGGGGGAAGCCUACAACACUGAGUUUGAUUUAACUAUAAAACUUUGA